AUGGCUGAACCAAUGGACAUCUCAUCACCAGACCACUCGCGUAAACGCUCGUUGCCGGACGACGACCAAACUUCCGUCUCAAAAUCAGAGAGCCAGGUGCCGACUCCACCUCUCACCGCCAGUCCUGCCAACAAAGACUCCAUCCGUCAAGCAAGCCCUGCUCCAAGCAGCUCGGCCCUGAGCAGUGCUCCAUCGGGAGCGAACGACCAAUCCACCGACCCGAACGCACCUCCUAAGAAACGAAGAAAGUACACGCCUGCCGAGCAGGAACAAAGACGCUUGGAGAAGGAGCAGAAAGAUAAGGAGAGAGCCGAGCUAAAAGUCAAGAGAGACGAGGAGAAGCAGAAGAAGGAUGAGGAGAAGCGUCGCAAGAAUGAAGAAAAGGAAGCAAAGCAGCGUGAGAAAGACCUGAAGAAGGCUAGAGAGGACGAGGAGAAGGAGAAGAAAGCACGGGCACAACCCAAAAUCGCUUCCUUCUUCAAGAUGCCGUCCUCACAAAAGUCACCAGCUGUCUCUACACCAGUGCAGCCCUCCCCUGCUCGCCAAAACAGUAGCAAUUCUCAGCCUUUGGAUGCAGAUGUUCCUAUGGCAUCUCCAACCCCCAAGAGGUCACCCCAGCAGAGCCAAAGUGACUAUCGCAAGAUGUUCCUGCCGUUCCAGCUCAAGGCACACACCAAGUGUGCCCCUUACGUACCAGCCUUAAACCCCGACGAGCUUGAAACAUCACAGAAAGAGAUGGACAAAGUCCUACGGCGCACAACAAUCGCAGCAUCUCCUACAUCCUCCUACAACACACUCUUCGCCAAGGAGAGAACACGUUCACGCGGCCUCUGGCAACCUACAGCCAGAGAGGUCAUCGAGUCAUUACAACAAGGCUCUUCACAAGUUCCAGUCGACCUGACUGACGAGUCAGGCGAGCACUACCGACCUACCGACCUCCUGGAUUCUCUCAUCGUCCGUUAUCUUCACUUUGGCGAAGAUGUGAGACCAGCUUACUUUGGCACGUACUCACGGAAGAUUUCUUCACCAAAUGCCUCUAAGCUCCGUAAAAAUCCCUUCAGCAAGCUUCGCAAAGACACCGACUACGACUAUGACUCCGAGGCUGAAUGGGAGGAGCCAGAAGAAGGAGAAGACAUUGGAUCUGACGGUGAGGAAGACGAAGAAAGCGUUGGCGACGCAGAGGAAAUGGACGAGUUCUUGGAAGACGAUGCUGCCGACAGCAAACGACACAUGAUCACUGGUGACCUCAAGCCAGUCAGCACAGGUUUGUGUUGGGAAGACGCUAAGGGCUUGUCCAAGUCUUCGACUGAAGAAUCCUCUGUCGAUCUUGACAGUAUGAAGAUUGACUUCUUCAUUCCUAGCUACUGGCAGACUCCAUCCACACCAGCUGUUAUUGUUGCCAAGGCUAGUGGCGGUCAGAUGCAGCUGGAUGGCAAGAUGAAGCCACCAAAGGUUCCUCUGAUGCCAAGAUCAAACACCAACGACACUAUGACCAUCAUUGGUGCCUCUAGCGGUAUGAAGGGACCGAUCAUGAGCGUAGCCUCGACCAAGGCUGCAAAGCCAGCUCCCAAGCCUCUGCAAGGACCAGAACUAGCAGAGUUCAAAGACGCUGUCGAUGGCAGCAACCUCACAAAAGUCGAUCUGCUCAAGGCUCUGAAGAAGAGAUUCCCCAAGCACACCAACGACACGAUCAAGGCAACUCUGUCAAGUUGCUUUGCUCGAAUCGGCCAAUAUGAGGCCGACAAAGUCUGGAAGGCUGUUGCUGCCUGA